CCUGUCCUCAUUGUGUCCAGCAGACAGGCGAGAGUCUCAGAGAGCGACAGAGGAAGAGGCAGACACACAAGAGACACAAGUUGAAGUUGAAGUCGAGCAUUAUGGCGCUGAGGGACGAGCUUUUAAAGUCGAUAUGGCACGCGUUUACAGCUCUGGACGUGGACAAGAGCGGGAAAGUCUCCAAAUCUCAGCUGAAGGUGCUGUCCCAUAACUUAUGUACAGUGAUGAAGAUCCCACAUGACCCUGUGGCACUGGAGGAGCACUUUAAAGACGAUGAUGAGGGUCCUGUCUCCAACCAGGGAUAUAUGCCAUACCUGAACAAGUUCAUCCUGGAUAAGGUGACAGAUAACUUUGACCGUCAGGAAUUCAACAAAAUGUGCUGGCUGUUGUGCUCCAGGAAAAAUCUGGAUCAAAAUCAGUUAUUCAUCUCGAGUGAUGAUGCCUUCAAGAUCUGGUGCAUCUUUAACUUCCUCUCUGAGGACAGAUACCCGCUGACAAUUGUCACUGAGGAGAUUGAGUACUUCCUGCGUAAGCUGACGGAGGCGAUGGGGGGCAGCUGGGUGGAGGAGCGUUUUGAGGACUACAAAUUGCAACUGAACUCAAAGCAGCAGAGUUUGAAUGCCUGGGAGCUCAUCGUCCUGGUGGGGUCAGGUCACUUCAGCAAAGGCAUGGACCGCCAAACACUCUCAAUGGGCAUCAGUGAGGUCUACCAGGAGCUCAUCCUGGAUGUACUCAAACAGGGCUACAUGAUGAAGAAAGGUCACAAGAGGAAGAACUGGACGGAGCGUUGGUUCAUGCUGAAGCCAAACUCCAUCUCCUACUAUGUUGGUGAAGACCUUGCUGAACAGAAAGGAGACAUCUUUCUGGAUGGAAACUGCAGUGUGGAGCCUCUGCAAGAUAAAGAAGGAAAGAAAUGUCUCUUCCUCAUCAGGUCGUCACAGAAAAUGUUUGAAAUCAGUGCGUCAGACAAGAAGAAGAAGCAGGAGUGGAUCCAGGCAAUUCAGACCUGUGUGAGCCUCCUCCGCCAGGGCCGGCCGGCACCACACCGCGAGGCUCGACAAAAACGACGGGAACUGCGACUGAAGCAGCAGGCUGAACAGGAAGAGCUAGAGCUGAGGAUGAGCGAACUGCAGACGGCCAAUGAAGCUAAACAGCUCGAACUGGAGAAGAUGAGGAAGGCUCUGGAGGAGGCGGCAGCCAACGCAGCAGAAGAAGAACGAAGGCGUCUUCAGACCCAAACUGAACUUCAGGACCGCUACAGGAUGGACCUGGAGAGAGAGAAAAUGGUACGGCAGCAGAUGGAGGAGCAGGUGGCCCAGAAGUCCACUGAGCUGGAGCAGUACCUGCAGCGGGUUCGGGAGCUGGAGCACAUGUACGGUCAACUGGAGGACGCUCUGGAAGAUGAGAGGCGUGCCAGACAGGACGAGGAGGCCGUCCGGAGGCUGCAGGCACGGUUACUGGAGGAGGAGGCCACAAAGAGGGCAGAGCUGGAAAAGAUCCACCUGCGGCAGCAGCGGGCCAUCUCAGAGACCGAGGCAGAGAAACAGGAGCUGGAGAAGGAACGCCUGGCCAAGGAGAGUGCUCUGCAGGCAGCCAUGACACAGCUGGAACAGCUGGAGCAAGAGAGGCAGGGGGCGCUGGAGCAAUACCAGACGGUGAUGAAGAAGCUGGAAGACGCAGCCAACAACACAAAGUCCUGGAAGCACAAGGUGGCUGAACACGAGGGCUUGUUAAAGCUCAUCCAACCAGGUUCCAAAGGACAGCAGAUGAUCACCAACUGGGGCCCAGCAGCCUUUUCUGAUGCAGAGCUCAGUCUGAGGCAGAAGAAAUGGCAGGAGAUGAAGAACCACCCGACCCAGGCCCAGUAGAGAGCCCUCUAAGACCAGAACCGUAAACAUGUCAACAACUCAGAAGAGGUGACGAGAGGGCAGCUGAUAUAUACUGGCUGAUAACUGGAUUUUACUGCAUUUUAUAUUAAGGGAGCAUGAAGUAACCAUUGUCCCUUUGGUGUUGUUCAGUAGGAAUCAGCUCCGAUUGAACGGUUUUAUUUUUGAAGUUUUUGUAGGCUAUGAUAGAUAAAAGGAGCAGAACAGAGACUCACAUUUUUGCAUUAGGAGUUCACUAAUACAAGAAGGGAUCCAGUAAAUAUAUUACAAAUGAAGAAGUGAUAAUACCAGGAAAAAGCUUAAAAUGCUGAAUAAUAAUAGCUCUGUUGUUAAACUGUGUCACCCCUUGUUGUUAAAUGUACUGAUUGCUGUUUCAGUCGAUUGUGUAGUGUGUUUAAAGUCCAAUGAGGAGGGAGAAUGUUUUCUUCCACUUUAUUUUAUCUGUGAAAUGCACUACUGCUGACCGGAGUCUGAGCACUCCAACGCAAAUCACUUGAGCAUGUUUUUGGUUCAGGCUGUUGUAAAGUUAAAAAAUGGUGGUUUUCACAUCUACUACUCUUUCCUGUGACUUUUCUCUCUUAACUGUUUGGGACCAUUUUACAUGAGAAUAUAAGAGGUGUCUGUACAUAUUGUAACAGUGGUUUGUGUUUUCUGUACUAAAGCUGAGCUGCGUAAAGGCUCCAUCAGUAGCACCUGAGGAUGACAUAUUUAAAGUAAAGUCAAUGAUGUUUAGCAUAUUUGUUGUUGUCUUCUAAAACCAAGCUGAGUUGAAAACCAUGUAUGAUUCACUAAAUGUUCCAUCUUUGUUCUCUGGUGUGUCUGACAGGUUUGUAUCUGUCUGUAGAACAGCCUCAAAGACAUUUCCUGUUUCUAACAGUGUCACAGAUCAGGCAUUUGGCCAAAGUCUCAGUACUGUGUUGUCGUGCUGUAACUAGGACGGGCCACUGACAGAUAAAUGUUUAAAUUCACCACUGACUCAACAGUAAAUCAUUAUUUUGUGUCUGAAAUCUGCCAGCUAACUUCCCACCCUAUAACCAUGAGUGCCUUUGAUAGUCAUGAGUAAACAUUUUAAGUUUAUAUAUAUAUAUAUAUAUAUAUAUGUAAAAAGCUCAAGACUGAACUAUGUAAUAAACAUGAAUGAAUAACCAGCCCACUGUAUUUUGUCUCAGACUGAGCAUAUACCAGGUUGUUGAUGAUGUUGUCUUAACCUCGUGUGUCCACCAGAUGGCGCUAACGUGUCACAUACGCAGCAUCCCUGCAAUCCAUGGUCAAUAGUACAGUAUUUCUGAGUCAUGGGGACACUGUCAAACUGUAGUAAAUGUGUGUGUGCAGAUCAUCUGGGGACAAAAGAUAAAUGCUGACUUCAUUUCCAUGACUUCACUGCCUCAACCUUCUAGUUUCCAAAAUAAAGCCGGUCACAGUC